AUUGCCUUAAAAGGGCAGGAGUUCUGAUUGGCUGCCCUCUCUCAUGUACUAACAACGAUACUGUGCUAAAAAGUUUCGCUAGUAACUGUGCCCUAACAUGCCUUGAAGAGCAGUUUUGAGAGAUAUACCAGUUAUACUGAGGUAUAAUCACUUUGCUGUCUUGCUGUUUAGUCCAAUUUGCAUCAGUACAUAUGUUAAGAUACUGUACUGUGUUUGCCAAGCACUUACGAUUUGAAUAAGCUGCUUCAGAAUACAAGGUCCUCAGUUUGAUGCAGCCCAGUUUUGAAUCAAAUAGCCUUCUAUUUUUUAAACCUCCUUUUCCUAGCUCUCUGCUUUCCUCCUAUUCUACUUGCAUGCAACUCAUCAACCCUCUGUCCUGUCUCUCCUUCUCCUCUCUCUUCCACCCCCCCUCCUCCUCCAGUCCUUACAACACUCAGCCACAACACACUGCCCUCUACCAGCCCCCCAAAAAGCAAGCCACCAACAUCCCAUACUUUGAGCGCUUCCCGGUGGUAUUCCCUAUGAUCGACCCCACCUCCGGCCCCCGGCUGGUCAAAUGCGAGAAGCGUCCCCUUCUGGGGCGUGACAACCCCCUGGAUCCACCAGAACAGUUGGAUGAGUCCCUGGCAAGCAUCUUCCCUGACCUGGAGAAUGACGACAUGUUCGCCCGACGCACCCAGGCCUUCCACUCCAACUCUGCGCUGGCUGUGCUGAAAACCCGGGUGUGCGUAAACCACUUGUCCGACCACCUCUAUGCCUCGAACCCCCAGCUCAACAUCGCCACCCAGCCGCAGACACCAGGCAAGGAUCACAAGACCAUCAUCCCUGACAUCGAGAGGGACGACUUCAUCUUUCGGAAGGUCAACCAGCCCCAGGAUGGUCGGCGGCAGAGACCAGUGUUGGGUGCGGCCGACAGCUACAACCCGAUGACCAUCCCUGAGCCCUGGGCACUGCCUGCCAAGCUCCAGGCGCGGCUGCUCUGCCCCCCCUCACCUUUGACCCAGGAGGUUGAAGCUGAGGGCAGGGAGAACCAUGAGGAAAGAGGAGAUCGUGAUGGGCACCCUAAAACGGACGACAUGUUGCUGAGGAAGUUUGGGGUGGUGCUCGGGGUGGGGGUGGGGGCAGUGCGUGUCCAAGAUCAGCGGUCAUAUCUAGGUAUGUCGGCCAAUCAGAUGGGUCCGUCGCUGCCCACUUCCUGUAGCGAGGGUGACCUGCAGAAGAUGGUGGCGAUUAGGGAGGCGAGUCGGCUGAGGUACAAGAAGAGGAUGAUGAUUGAGAGGUUAGCCUUUCUGAAGAGUUAGGAACUAAAAUGGCUGCUGAAAACAACAACUUCGCUACAGUGCCUGUUGCUCUCAGAGCAAAUCUCAUAUGGCACCCCAAACCCUAUAUAGUGCACUGCUAUGGGCGACAGGUAGCUUAGCGGUUAGAGCGUUGGGCCAGUAACCGUUGCUGGUUCAAAUACAAGGUGAAUAAUCGGUCAAUGUGCACCUGAGCAAAGUACUUAACUCGAAUUUGCUCCAGAGGCGCUGUACUACUUUGACUGACCUGGAGCCACAUAGGUCUACCGUAUAAGGCUCUAGUUAAAAGUAGUGCACUAUAUAGGGAAUAGGGUGCCAUUUGAGACAGAGACUCAAAUCUCCAGGUUGUGUAUUGUUGUUUUCUUCUUUAACCCCCACACCUCCCGCCCCCACACACACACCGGUGCUGUUUACUUCUAAUAAACCCUUUUCUGUCUGUUAUU